AUGCAUUUAGAAGAUUGGCUUGACGACCUUUGUGUUCGUUUUAUCAUAAAUCUAGCCCAAGAUGACCUCUCCUCUGUUGAACGAAUAUGCUUCGCAGUUGAAGAAGCGCAGUGGUACUACGAAGACUUUAUCCGGCCUCUCGAUCCCUCAUUACCAUCCAUGUCCCUCCGGAACUUCUGUAUACGAAUCUUCACGCAUUGCCCUUUACUAUCAGCUUUUUCACAGGGAGAUCAUAUGACGGCUUUUGAACAGUUUCUCAAGUACAAGAUGCGGAUUCCGGUGAGGGGGGCCAUUAUGUUGAAUGAGGCUAUGGAUUCCGCUGUCCUUGUGAAAGGCUGGAAGAAGGGCGCAAACUGGAGCUUCCCUCGGGGGAAGAUCAAUAAGGACGAGGAUGAUUUGACGUGUGCUAUACGUGAAGUAUACGAGGAGACUGGGUUUGAUCUGGACGCUGCAGGGCUUGUGCCGGAAAAUCGAGACGUCAAGUAUAUUGACAUGACGAUCCGUGAUCAGGAAUUGCGAUUAUACAUAUUCAGAGGGGUGCCUAUGGAUACUCAUUUUGAACCGAAGACUCGGAAGGAGAUCAGUAAGAUCCAGUGGUGGCGCAUUUCGGACCUUCCAUCCUUUCAAAAAAAGGGUCACCAGCAGCAGCAAGCCGAUGCUGCCGUGAGUACAAACAAAUUCUACAUGGUAGCACCGUUCAUUCGGGGUGUGAGAAAGUGGGUUACGGAGCAGAAGAAAGCUGAUCUGGCACGGGCCACAAGCAAUCAAUAUUCAUCAGCCGGCAUGAGCCACGAUGAACUCAUGACCGAGGAGGAGCAAGGAGCGGAGUCAAACGUUCAUACCCACGACCAAGCUCAUAUGACUCCAUCUGUAGCCGACAUCAACCAACUGGAAGCAGCCCUCAAAUUUGCUCUAAAGAUUCAGCCGCCCACUCAAGGGCUGCAGGUGGAGGCAAUUACCGCAAUGCAAUCGCCUGUCAGGGACUCGGGGCAAGAACUGCUGGCAUUGCUCCAAGGGAAGACUCGGGAGUCGGAUCAGCCACCUUCGUCGAAUUUACCACCUGCCACACCCCUGGAUCAUACCUACAUUCAGGCCCCGGUACCAAAGACACCGCAUCACCAGCAGCCUCGACCCCCGCAUUUCUCAACUUUACCACCACCUCCAGCUUUCCCGAUUCAGCCACCGAAUGAUACCUUGUACCGCCCAGAGCAAAACCAACAACACCAUCAUCAACCGAAUAGCAUUGCUACAUUCCCACACAAUCCGAUGCAAGGCCAACGACCCCCACAGCCGGCACAUGAACAUGCACGUUCGUAUCAAUCACAACAUUUAGUACACCCCCAACCCUUGCCACCGCAAGUGCAAAGGACUGUCUUCACUGGCGGGCCUGUAUACUCUUCCACGGUCUCUCCGCCUACGCAGGCGCCUUUGGCGCCACAUGCGAACUCCACGGUCUCUCAGGCACUCAAUCCACAGUUCCCGAACGCCCAUCCACUGAUGGGUCCUUCGAUCCAGAAGCAGUCCCCGCCUAAGCUCACCAGCCACUCGUUGGCGCUUCUCAACACCUUCAAGAGCCAUGACCAGGCAAGUAGUGCUGCUUCUAUUCCAAGCCAGCCUCCGUUGCGAAAAUUUGCGCAAGAAGUAAAACAAGGCCCGCCCCAAGAGCUCCCUGCGGAAGUAUCAGGGACUCCGCCUGUAGAUCUUCUCUCGUUGUUCAAGACGCAGGCAGAACCUUCACCCAUCCCGAAUUCCAGCACGAUGCGUUCCAGACCACCUGUUAGCGAAGCACAUCGAUCAUCAUUAUUGGACUUGUUCAAAAAUCCCUCGGCUCAGACUUCUAUUUCGCCACGGCCCGCUGCCGCUACGGCUUUUCCUACAAGCACGACUCCUUCAGCAGUCGAAUUGUCAGCCGUUGAACCGCUAUCUUCCAAUGCUACACCGGCCUCCAUUUCCAUUGCUGACGGGCGGGACGUGAAUCCUCGAGAGAAGAAUGAAGUUAUACCGGAGCUACACCCCGAAUCAAACUUACCUUUCCGAGCUAUGUCUAUUCUUACUCGCCCUUCUCAACCAAACGGUUCGGAUAGCAAAGGAAGGAACGGCGCGGCAGAUCAGACGCUAUCCAACAAAAAAGAGGCUACUACCAGUCAGAGCAGAAGAACACCAUCAAAGGUGUCUUCAGAAAAACCGUUCCAACCUCAGAUUCUGAAACGACCGCAGCCUAGUACAUCUAAGCCAACGGAGUCUCUUAAUCCUAGUUCCUCUGCCUCAGCAGCAUUGCCUGUGCAACCUUCUUUCGAUCGUCGUGCCAGUCAGACUGCUGACCACAAGCAAACACUACUCUCUCUGUUUGGGAAAGCCCCUUCACCAGCGAAUUCCGUAACGAUGAAUUCGAUGAGCGACAGCUUUUCAUCAUUACACGCUGUUGAUCCAACCACGAGCGUACCGGCAAAAACCAGGGUUUCAAGUCUUGCUUCUGACAGCCUCUCACGCCGCGGAAGUCAAAGUGCCCUUUCGCCGGCAGACAAGAGUUUUCUGUUAAGCUAUCUAGAUAAUGUUGCUAAAGGGACGCAGCGUUGA